AUGCAUUCUCAAAUUGCCCUCGUUAUCCUCGGCUCUGUCAGCGUUCUUGCAGCCCCUGCAAGCGUCGCUACUGCCACCGAGGCCAUCUUCGACGUGGACAUUGCAGCAGCCGCCGCGCCGCCCCCCGUCGACAUAGACAUCUCGCAAGACUACCCAGUUGGCGCUUGGAACUUCCUCGGCAACGCAUCUUGGUCCGUCGCUAACCGCGAAGACAACUUGGUCUGGGUGCACGAGUCGCGCUACAGCACCGUCCCUGUCACCGUGGAGCCAGAGCUGGCCGCUCGCGGCAUCGAAGAGCGUACCAUCAGCAACCAGUGGAAAAUCGGCUUCGGAAAGUCAUCUUGCCCAAGCCAAACCAGAACCAUCAACCGAGACGUCUGUAUCACGCAACCUAAUGAACCGAUCUAUGCCGCAAGCCAAGCUAUUGUCUACAGCAACACGGCUGGAUAUUCCCCCAAGGUCAACUAUUACAGUGGCAGCGGCUGCGGCAGCUACAUGUUCUCCGUCAUUGGCACCGGUACCAAGUGUGCCAAUCUCGGCAACCUUAACGUCUGGUCGUACAUCGCUUUCAACCAGCAGGUAUAG